AUGUCCAUCGUGUUGGUGAUGCCAUCCAACCAUCUCAUCCUCCGUCACCCCCUUCUCUUCCUUCCUUCAAUCUUUCCCAGCAUCAGGGUCUUUUCCAGUGAGUCAGUUCUGCCCAACAGAUGGCCAAAAUACUGGAGUUUCAGCUUCAGCAUCAGUCCUUCCAAUGAAUAUUCAGGACUGAUUUCCUUUAGGAUAGACUGGUUGGAUCUCCUUGCUAUCCAAGUGACUCUCAAGAGACUUCUCCAACACCACAGUUCAAAAGCAUCAAUUCUUCAGUGCUCAGUUUUCUUUAUGGUCCAACUUUCACAUCCAUACAUGACUACUGGAAAAACUAUAGCUUUGACUAUGCAGACCUUUGCUGGUAAAGUAAUGUGUCUGCUUUUUAAUAAGCUGUCUAGGUUGUUUAUAGCUUUUCUUCCAAAGAGCAAGUGUCUUAGUUUCAUGGCUGCAAUCACCAUCUGCAGUGAUUUUGGAGCCCAAGAAAAUAAAGUCUGGCACUGUUUCCAUUGUUUUCCCAUCUAUUUGCCAUGA